AUGUCUGAUAUAUCUCAAUCUCAGACCAACAUCUCUGUUGGACUGCAUGACCUAGAAAGAGGUUUGCUCUCCUCCCUGACUACAUUACCAUGCUGUGUUUUCUUCUGCAUUAAUGUGAUCAUGUUAUUCACCUUGAGGAGUAAAUCAGUGUUUCGUGAAACCUGCCGUUACAUUCUCCUGUAUAACCUCAUUCUUGCAGACACUCUACAGAUGGCAGUGAGCCAGAUACUAUACAUGAUGUCUAUUUGUAGAAUAACGUUACCGUAUCCUGUCUGUGGUAUUCUUGUCAUGUUUGCUAAUCUCACCAAUGAAAUCUCUCCUCUCACUCUGGUGCUGAUGUCUCUGGAGCGAUAUGUAGCUGUGUGUUACCCACUGAGACACGCUACUAUCAUCACCAUCAGAAACACAGAGGUGGCCAUUAUUAUGAUUUGGAUCUUUUGUUCACUGAAUAUUCUCAUUCGAGUUCUGCUGCUGUUAGAAUUUCCAUUUGAAGAGCUGCAGAGUCUGCAGAUGAAAGACUUCUGUAGUACUUUUUUCAUGUUUCUCACACCUGUAUCUCAUGAGUAUGACAAAGCUUACACUUGCUUUCUGUUUGUGUCGGCUUUUGUUGGAGUCACUUGCUCCUAUAUAGGUGUUAUGUUGGCAGCCAGAUUGGCCUCCACAGACAAAGCUUCAGCCCGGAAGGCUCGUAACACCCUGCUGCUACAUCUGGUGCAGCUCGGCUUCAGCCUCUCUUCAACUGUGAACAAUGCAUUACUUUUAGUUAUCUCAAAAACUGUUUCAAGAAGGGUGCUGGUGGUUGUGCAAAAUGUUUUUUAUGUGUUUCUUAUCAUUCUCCCCAGAUGUCUGAGUGCACUUAUUUAUGGUCUCAGAGACCAGACCAUCAGACCCAUCCUUGUUUAUAAUCUAUGUUGUCAAUUGAAACUCACAGUUGUGACAGGGAAUGCUAAGGACGCGGAGGCAACGGUGAAAAGCUUCAUUAAAAUCCACCUGAAGCUGCCGGAGGACACCGUAAAGAACAUCGCCUUCGAUAGAGUGCAUCGCUUGGGGGGCGUGAGGUCGCCGGCCGGGAGACCACGUCCUAUUGUGGCCAAAUUCGGCCAAUUCAAACAGAAGGAGCAGGUGAAGAGUCGCGGCAGGGAGCUGAAAGGAACGGACUUCAGCGUGAACGACCAGUUCCCCAAAGAGAUCCUGGAACGACGCAAGGUCCUGUUUCCAGUUCGACGUAACUUCAUCCAGAGAGGCUCCCGUGCUGUCAUCUCCGUGGACCGGCUCUACGUGGACGGACAGCUCUACCGCGACCCCGGCACCACUCCGUGGUUAUAUUGA